AUGGGGAAAAAAUGGCGAUACGGCAUCAUCUUCGACGCAGGUUCCUCGGGGACACGUCUAUACGUAUACAAAUGGAAGGACCAUACCAAGGCUAUCAAAAAUGCCUCCGCCGAUGAGCUCCACAGCCUGCCUAAAAUCAAAUUACAGACCAGCGAAAAGAUACGUCCUGGUGUAUCUUCAUUCGCGGAGAAGCCUGAUGAAAUAGGCCGCGAACACCUGCAAUCUCUUGUUGACAUCGCUCUCAAAGAAAUUCCCGAGAAAAAGGUCGCUGACACACCCGUAUACCUUAUGGCCACUGCUGGCAUGCGUCUUCUCCCUGAUCACCAACAGAAAGUUCUCCUUCGAAAUAUGUGCUCCUAUUUGCAGAAGAACACAAGGUUUUCUUUGCCCGACUGCAACACGAAUAUUCAGGUAAUUUCGGGCGAGACGGAAGGAUUGUAUGGCUGGCUCGCCACAAACUACUUGCUUGGCGGUUUUGACCAUCCCGAUAAACAUAAACAUGGCAAUGGCCACCAUACAUAUGGCUUUUUGGAUAUGGGAGGCGCUUCCGCACAAAUUGCCUUUGCUCCCAACAGCACUGAGGCAGAGAAGCAUGCGAACGACCUAAAGCUUGUCCGCCUGCGGACCAUUGACGGAUCCACCAUCGAACAUCGCGUUUUCACGGCUACUUGGCUUGGCUACGGUGCAAACCAGGCCCGAGAACGAUAUGUCGAUAGCCUCAAGGAACAAUAUGGCAGGCCUGACAGCCUUGAACUCCCGGAUCCAUGCUUGCCAUCGGGUCUGCGGACGACUCUUAGCGGCGACCCAAUUAUCAACAAACCGUCUAAUCAACAAUUGUCCCUUGUCGGGACUGGUCGCUUUGACGAAUGCCUCCGACAGACUGAGCCUCUCCUUGGGAAGGACACACCCUGUGAAGACGAGCCCUGUCUCCUCAAUGGCCAACACGUGCCAAGCAUUGAUUUUGACGUGAAUCACUUCGUUGGCGUUUCCGAAUUCUGGCAUACGACUCAUGGCGUUUUCGGCAAGGGCCAUAAGACAGCGUAUGACUUGGCAACCUACCAAAAAAACGUUGUGGAUUUUUGCACUCGCGACUGGACAGAUAUUGAAGCCAGUAUAGAGGCGAGAAAGAAGUCAUCCGCACAAAAGGCCAGAAGUGCACAAGAAGCUUGCUUUAAGGCGUCUUGGCUGAUUAACGUUCUGUACGAGGGUAUCGGUAUCCCUAGACCGGGUCUUGAACACACGCCGAACCCUGGCCUAAACGUUUCGAAAGGUACUAUGGAAGACGUGAAGGAGAAGGGGUUUGUGGACCCUUUCCAGCCUGUUAAUGAAAUUGAUGGCAUCGAAGUCAGUUGGACACUUGGGAAAAUGGUGCUAUAUGCCGCUGGCCAAAUUCCACCUCAGGGAACUGCAUUGCCAGUCGGCUUCGGUAGCAAUGUUGCCGACGCUACAGAUUUCGAGCCUGCGGGGUCCCGAUAUUCCCCAGUUCUUGUUGAAGGCGACGAUGAUGACGACUGGGAUGACGCUGCGGACGAACUGCUUGACAAAGCCAAGUCAAAAUCUGGCUCUGGUGUCUUACUCUUUAUUUUGAUUCUUCUCGUAUUGGGCUUUAUCUUGCGCAAACGCGAUCGUCGCACAAGAUGGUUUGGCAGAAUAGCCUCUGCCCUACGUGGAAACAGACGACCUGGCAGCCCCCGGAAGUUUGGACGUGGCUUUUCCAUCACCAAUAAACUCUUUGGACGGUCUUCGGCGACCUACGAGCGUGUUCUAGAAGAGGGUGAUGCCGACCAGUUCGAGUUGGGUGAUGUGGACUCAGAUGAAAACGAGCAGUCCGAUAGUAGCGAGGGUUCAAGAGCUGGUCGUUCCUCGGGUCUGGCUACUCCAAAGCUCAACAUCGAGCGGUUUGAUGAUGGACGCCCAACUCUUUCCCUUGAUCGUGGUGGCUUGGCGGUAAGAACUGAGAGCCGAGAGAGGCUAGUGCCAAGUCUGGUGAACGCAGGCCGCCGAAGCCGUGCUGGUAGCCCAACGAGGAUGAAAAGCCCCCUGAUGAAGCCCUUGGAUGAGGAUUAA